UUCUUAAGNUUCAUGGGAAGAGGGCGAGGACAAGAGACUGGAUGCUAUUAGAGAAGAAAUCAAACAAACAAAAGACUACCAAGCGAAGCCCUUCUGUACUUUGCCUCAGAAGCCAUCUCACGACGUUGUCCACCGUCAUGAAGAAGUAUCCAUGACACUUGACGAGAUACGUCGACUCAGAACUGCGUUCCCGAAUCAUGUCACAGUAACAUAUUUAUCAGGAAAUCCUGGCUGUGGAAAAAGCGAGCUUGCAAGACAGAUUGGAGAAAAAUACUUCGAUGAAUUUGAAAAAGACGAGUCGUCCAAAUUCGUGKCUACAUUAAAUGCGUCGAGUCUCGAGAAUCUGAUUCAGUCGUACAUGGAACUGGCAUUCCAGCUUGAAUGCAACGACGUAUCCCUGAUCAUGUCAUCAGAAACGAAUUCUCAAGAACAGAAACUUGCUCAGUUGCAAGCGCUCGUAGCUCCAAAGGUUCAGAAAUAUUCCUCAUGGCUGAUUAUUGUUGACAACGUUGAAGAUAUUAAAAUGGUUUCCAAGUUUAUACCGCACUCAGGUCAAAAGCUGCUGCAUCAUGGAAAAGGACAUGUCCUGAUCACGACUCAAGACAUCGAGUCUAUACCAACAAGCGAUUCGCAUGCACACCAGAUUCAGCUUAAAAAUGGUAUGAAAUUACAAGACGCAGCUCAGACCCUGUAUGCAAUAUCUGGGUUGUCAUGCGACGAAAAAGUCGCAAAGACAUUAUGCGAAAAACUAGACUUUCAGCCUUUAGCGCUUGCCUGUGCAGCAGUGUACAUCAGACAAACACGCUGCGCUGAUCCAACCAUGAACUGGGAAAGUUAUCUUGAAAAAGUGGAGAAAGGAAAUCUGAUGUCGGCUGAUGAGCUUUACGAGAAAACAAAUCACCCUUACCAGAGAUCUAUGAGGACUGCUAUUAAAAUGGCAGUUGAAACGAUUUUAGAAAAAAGUGAAGUGUUGCGGCAUACAUUUGAAUUUAUGGCGGCUGUUUCCCCGGAGUUCAUAUCACUAGAACACGUUAUGAACUAUGUACGUCAGUGCAUACCUGAGAUGGAAAAAGAGAAUUUAGCUAUAACCAUUACMUCAUCCGCACUCAUUAUUACUUCCGAAGACAGCUCUAAACGGCAGUCAGUUCGCGUUCACCAAGUUGUCUAUGAUGUUCUUCAGUCGGUCUAUCAUAGUGCAUUCCUGCAAACAGUCGAUGAAUUUUCAUUUUUCAUGAGAUUCAUGAAGGUAUUUUCUUACAUCAAGAACAUACGCACAGAUAUAAUCAAGCUCAUUCAAGAAACAGCUCCUCUAAUUCAGCACUUUGUAUUUUUCUCGGAAAAGGUGAAAGAUUAUUUUGAAAGGCAUCAAAUUUUAAAGAUACUAAGUGAAACAAACGUUUAUGGGGUACAUUAUCAGUGUAGUAAAUUAUUUACACAUCAAUACAUUCAAUUUACCAUGUUCCUCAUUGAAACUGUUUCUUAUGUAUGUAAAAUGCACUGGAAAUAUAGCACAGCAAGAACAUUAUGUGAGAUAAGCCACUGCCUCACUGAAAAAUGCCACAGAAUCGAGGGAAGUACAUACGGCAGCAAUCAUCCUGAUGUGGCUACAACGUUAAAUAAUUUAGGAUUAGUGUUAGACAAACUCGAAAACCUUGAUGAAGCGAAAGAUUGUUACGAUAAAGCACUGGAAAUUGAAGAAAGCACUUACGGCAGCAAUCAUCCUGAGGUGGCUACAACGUUAAAUAAUUUAGGAUCAGUGUUGAAAAAACUCGAAAAACUUGAUGAAACGAAAGAUUGUUACGAAAAAGCACUGGCAAUCAAAGAAACCACUUACGGCAGCAAUCAUCCUGAGGUGGCUAGAACGUUAAAUAAUUUAGGAUCAGUGUUGCAAAAACUCGAAAAACUUGAUGAAGCGAAAGAUUGUUACGAUAAAGCACUGGCAAUUUACGAAAGCACUUACGGCAGUAACCAUCCUAAAGUGGCUAGAUCGUCGAGAAGGUUAGGCAGAGUGUUGAAACGGCUCGGAAAAGUUGAUGGAGGAAAUAAUCUUCACGAAAAAGCGAUGGCAGGUGAAAAAAGCACCUAGAACAGAUGGAAUCAUCGUGAGGUGUACAAACCUCAGUUAUACGACCUAUUUUUUUGUUAAUUUAUUGUUGUUUUUGUUUGUUUGUUCAUAGUUUGUUUUGCUUUGUUUCUUUGUUUUUCAUAACCAUGGUAAUCAAACCUUGAGAUAAAAGAUGCAGUAAAAAGCGUCAUUAAAAAACCGAAUUCUGCAAAAUUUGCAUAUAAUAAAAUUUGCUGAUGAUAUACAACAUUAUAGUCAAAAGACAUGAAGCGCGCCCCCUCAAAUCACCAUUAUUCAAUUCAUUAUUCAAUUCUUGGUCGAUUCAACAUUACAUUAUUGAAAUCAAAUUUGAAUUCAAACUUUGAAAUUUGAUUGGAUUAUUUAUCGAAUUUUCAUAAAGACUUUUUCGUAUUUCGCUUGUAAACAUGCUGGUCUUUUGUAAUUUUCACAAGUCGAUGCAUUGCGAUAUGCUGUGAAGAGUUCAUUAAGUCAACUCGACAAAAAAGAACGAGUCGAAGAUAAAAAAGAACUUUUUAAAAAUCGAAUUGACAGCCAUUUGAAAUUUCAACAAUAGACGAUCAGCGAUCGCAUACAUGGGCCACCUGUGGUAAUGCAUAUUAUUGUUACAGUUGUAAAGAAAUUUCAUUCAGACGGGUUUUUAUCAAGGAAAAAAAAUAUUUGCCAAAAAUUGCAUUCAGUAGCAUUUAAUAUUUGAAAAUAUAUAUAUAUAUGUAAGUAAGUCCUAUUGUAUCAACUUUUAACAGGAAUUGAUAAAUAUAUCCAGGAUGAGAAUUAUACUGUUUUUUUAUGCAUACUAAGCGAUAUCGGGCAUUUUUCGAAAAGGUAUUUAGAUUCCCGUUCUUAUGAGACAGACGACACAACUUAUUUGUUCAUAUUCUGCUCGGUUCUUUGUCGCGCUUAUCAUGGCAUCGCACACAACACGAGUACAAUAGAUGAGGUGACGGUUUUGGCAGCCAUCUCGGACCGGUAGACAAAGUGUCGCAAAAUAA